AAGGGGUGGGAAAGGUGGUGAGAGACAGGCGCUGGCCGGUAGGAAGGGAGAGCAGAGUCAGGCGAGGCCGCAGCAGCGUCAGCUCCACCACUACAAAAUGGCGGCGGGGCCAGGCAGCGCGGCGGCCGUGGCGGCGGCGGGGUGCGGUGGCGGCGGCCUGGUGGGGCCUCAGGCCGGUGGGGCUACGGCGUUGGGGGCCACGCCGGCGGGAAGCAGCGCGUCGGUGCUGGGCUCUGGCGCGGUGCUGAUCGGGGACCGUCUGUACUCGGGGGUGCUGAUCACGUUGGAGAACUGCCUGCUGCCCGAGCACACGCUGCGAUUCACUCCAUCCAUGAGCAGCGGCCUUGAUCCCGGCACUGAGACCGAGCUGCGUGUCACCGGCUGCGAGCUUAUCCAGGCGGCUGGCAUCCUACUGCGUCUGCCGCAGGUGGCUAUGGCUACAGGACAGGUGCUGUUUCAACGUUUUUUUUAUACCAAAUCUUUUGUGAAGCAUUCCAUGGAGCAUGUGUCAAUGGCCUGUGUUCAUCUCGCAUCCAAAAUCGAAGAAGCACCAAGACGCAUAAGGGACGUUAUUAAUGUGUUUCAUCGCCUUCGACAUCUAAGGGAAAAAAAAAAACCUGUGCCUCUAAUACUGGAUCAAGAGUAUGUAAACCUGAAGAACCAAAUUAUUAAGGCAGAAAGAAGAGUCUUAAAGGAGUUGGGAUUUUGUGUUCAUGUAAAGCAUCCUCAUAAGAUAAUCGUUAUGUAUCUUCAGGUAUUAGAAUGUGAACGUAACCAACACCUGGUCCAGACUUCAUGGAAUUACAUGAAUGAUAGCCUGAGAACAGACGUCUUUGUAAGAUUCCAGCCAGAAAGCAUUGCCUGUGCCUGUAUUUACCUUGCAGCUAGGACACUGGAGAUUCCGCUUCCUAAUCGUCCACACUGGUUUCUACUCUUUGGAGCAACAGAAGAAGAGAUUCAAGAAAUCUGUUUAAAAAUUUUGCAGCUUUAUACUCGGAAAAAGGUUGAUUUAACUGAUCUGGAAAGUAAAGUAGAAAAAAAGAAACUAGCAAUUGAGGAGGCAAAAGCACAAGCUAAAGGUUUGCUACCUGAGGGAACCCCGAGUUUGGAUAACACAUCAGGAUUUUCCCCUGUGCCAAAAAAUGAGUCUCCAAAAGAAAUUAAAGGAAAUAAACCUUCACCACUACCUGUUCAGGCAAUGAAGAACGCUAAAAGAAAAACUGAGGGAGCAAAAAGAAUGAGUUCAAAUAGCCCAGUAAAUGGCAUUCAGAAAGGGAGAGAAAGUAGAAGUCGAAGUGGAAGUAGAGAUCAGAGUUAUUCAAGAUCACCAUCCAGGUCUGCAUCCCCUAAGCACAGGAAAAGUGAAAGUUACUCUACUUCAAGUGGUUCCAAAUCCCAUAGCCGCUCUAGGAGUCGCAGUGACUCUCCUCCAAGGCAGUUCAACCACAGUUCUAGUUACAAAGGUUCCAAGAUGAGAAGUUACAAGAAAUCAAAAGACUACAAAUACUCAACACACAAACCGAGGAAAUCCCGCAGCAGAAGUUCGUCACGUUCUAGGAGCCGGUCCCGGGAGCGUUCUGACCAUUCAGGGAAGUACAAGAAGAAAAGUCACUACUACAGAAAUCACAGGCAUGAGCGUUCACGCUCCUAUGAGCGAACAAGUCAUCGCUAUGACCGAGACCACCCUGGCCACAGUAGGCAUAGGCGAUGAGGAGGACAAAGAGUUCUUUCCUUUGGAAUUCAAACAGAGGAGUUCUUUCCUCCAGCUGAUCUUUACAGCAUAGGGUUAAUCUGUGGUUUAUAAACCACUUUAGUUUGUGAUGUCCAUUCUGCUGCUAAUUCUGUACUUUAAUCCAAAGGAGAUAUGCAAAUGGGAUAGGAUGAUGUGAAAGGCUUAAUCUGAUCAUGUUCUGGUUGCUGUCUGCUGGAGUGUCAUAUAAUAAUACUUCAGAGCUUGCCUCUGUGGGUGCUCCUGUUGCCUGCUCUUUAGUUAUUUACAUACUGUGGCACAGUGGAGUGUUACUUGGGAUUUGCAGUUCUGCAAGCAGGAACUCCAUUGCUCAGUGGCUGAAGUACUGUGUGGAGCAGUCCUUCACUGUGGAACUAGAAGGCUCAAGACAGUUCAUAAAAACGUUGGAGUGGCUUGGUGCUAACAAAGCUGUCUUUUCGUACUGAUUCAACUAUGUUGUACAAAUGUGAAGUGACUUUUUUAGAAUUAUACCUAUAUUAGGUUAUAUAUGUGUAUAUAUAUUUUGCAGUGUUACAGUAUAGUAUGGGAAUAUGGCCUUACUAGCCUUUACACUUUAUCCACAAUGUAAAUAAGCAUUUGUUUAAUACAAGUGAAAGAUAUAUACAGAAAAUUCAAAACUUGAAUUCUAUCAAAAACUUGUGUGGAAAGUUCUGAUAAAUGUGAAAGUAUUUAGCUCUGUGUAUUGAAAGUAGUAUAUUUUUUAUCCGUGCAAUGCUGUGUGCAGGCCACCAGCUCAUAAUAGAUGUUUCCUAUAUAUACAUUCUGUGUGGUAUGAAAUUCUUUACUCAGGAUCUUUGACACUCUGAAGUAGUAGUUUGUCAAUCUGCUUGCUUGUUGGAGAACAGAACAUGUUUUUUUUUUUGUUGUUUUUUUUUUUAAAAAAAACCAAAUACAGCCCAGUAGUAUCAGUUCUAAUGGUAUAUCUGAGCUGUUGCUCUCAUGCUCCCUAACUUCAUUAAAGUAUUUGAUUUUUAUAUUAAA